AUGACAGCAGGUCUUAAAACUAUCAUCGCUCUCUCAUUUGUCCUCGCCAUUGGCUUUCUCUUGGUCAUCCUCUCCUCCGCGCUAUGGCACAACUUCCUUCCGUUGAUCGUGGUUGCGACAUACGUUGUUGCUCCUCUGCCCAACUGGAUCUGCGCACGAUGCGCCAAUCCCGAUGACUUUAUGGACAGUUCCGGGAAUGCGGUAGCUGAUUUUGGCCGUUUCCUGACUGGUUUUCUGGUUUUGAUGGGAAUCGCCCUCCCUGCCGUCCUUGCGCAUUGUGGUGCAAUCCAAAUCCCCGCGAUGAUCAUGUCAAUCCUCGGAGGUCUUCUGAUCUAUGGCACGAUCAUCAGUUUCUCGAUGUUUUUCAAGGAGCAAGAGGAGUUUUGA